CAAACCACCGUCAAAGCUCACUCUUUUUUCUGCACAAAAAAGACCUUUUAUCUCACAGAGAAGCAGACACUAGGUAUCUACACUGCUAAUUCUCCCCAUUUCUUGCUCCAAAUUAAGCAGACACUAGGAUCAGCCAGACAUGUCAAUCAUACACUGACGACGACGACGACAGAGAUAUAUAUCUGCAUCUAUCUGGGUGUAGCAAGAUCAUACAAAUUCAUCUCUGCUGCUAGUACAGAUCGAUGCAACGUUCGUGUUUAUACCCAGGUGGGCUGCAGUUUGCAAGUUAAUCUGUAGCACGCAAGCACACAGGCGCUGUCAUCGUCAAUGGCGAGGCUGAGCCACGGCCUCCUGGGCGCCCUGAACCUGGUGACGCUCCUGCUGUCCCUGCCGGUGCUGUGCGCCGGCGUGUACAUCGUCACGCGCGCCACCACGGCGUGCGAGCGCGGCCUCCAGAUCCCCGUCGUCGCGUUCGGCUGCGGACUGCUCCUGCUCUCCCUCGUCGGCCUCGCCGGCGCCUGCGGACGCCGCGGCGCCGCCAGGCCGUUCCUCUGGGUGUACGUGGCCUUCAUGUUUCUGCUCGCCGUCCUCGUGUUCGCGUUCGCCGUGUUCGCGUUCGUGGUCACCCACCGGGGCGCGGGCGGCGCCGUGUCCGGGCGCGGGUACAGGGAGUACCGCCUCGGGGACUACUCCGGCUGGCUGCAGGCGCGGAUCGCCGAGCCGGAGACGUGGCGGCGCGUCGAGAGCUGCCUCUCUGAGGCGCGCGUGUGCGGCGGCCGGGAAUUCUACAGGCAACACCUCUCGCCAAUCCAGUCCGGUUGCUGCAAGCCGCCGACGUGGUGCAGGUUCCGGUACGUGAACGCCACGUUCUGGGAGGCACCGAGAUCGGGGCUGUCUGCGGCGGCGGCCAGCGACGGUGACUGCCGGGCAUGGAGCAACGACCAGCAGGUGCUUUGCUUCGAGUGCGACACGUGCAAGGCCGGCGUGCUGGAGACCGCCAAGAAGAAGUGGAAGACAGUGGCUAUCGUCAACGUUUCCCUCCUCGCGUUCAUCGUUAUUGUCUACACGGUCGGGUGCUUCGCCUUGCGCAGCAAAGGUGGUGGUCGGUACUUCAAUGGCGGUGGUCCUGACCAAACAUAA